AGAGGGGCUGGGGAGGGAGUGUCGACAUGGCGCACAGGCCGGAGUUUGUGCCCAAUGUGGAGUUUGAAAACGAUCCAAAGCCCAAGCACGUCAUCUGGAAGUACGUGGAGAAGGGCCAAUUGUUUGUCAGCCCUUCGGGAGCUGACCCGAAGGGCAAUCAUGAGUUGCGUUGUAGAUUGUGUGGUCACCGGUGGGUUGGUAACCAAAGCAAGGCGACCCAACACUUCAAUACCGUGCGCGAUCAUGACAGGUGCCCACACGCAUGUGUUUAUAUCCUCAGGGACUUGCAGAGGGCGGGCAUCAAGUUGAAGGGGUCCCUCCCUAUUUCUGUACGGGAGGCUGACAGGGAGGGUGAGCUCGAAUUUGAGCAUCCCCUCAAUUGGAGAUUGCCUGGCGUCGUCGCACGACAGCCCCCGCUAGUCCGCGCGCGUGAUUUGGCACAGGGACGAAGGGGGAAUGGCAGGGAGGAGAGAGCACCUCCGGCACCUGCGGCGCGGCAGGAUGGAGAGGGCCAUUCUGCAGGAGUGGGCCCUUCCAGAGGAGGGGGCCCGUCCGCAGGAGUGGGCCCCUCUGGAACAGCGGGCCCGUCUAGUGGAGGGGGACAGGGAGCAGGAGAGGGCCCGUCUAGGGAAGGGGACGAGUGCGACGAGGGAGGGCGUGCAGAGCACGCAAGGGCGAGACGGUUUGAUCCGGCAGGAAAGAUGCCAUGUGGUGCUCCUUAUUUAGAGGUCGGGAGGAGGCGACGCGAGCACGAGGGAGCGCCUCGUGCUCCCCAGGACGAGCAGCAGUGGUGGAGGGAUAGGAUGCUGCAGCGAGCGAGAGAGGAGGGCAUACCGGUCCCUGCGGACCUCAAGGAGGGGCUGCUGGGAGCCGCUGUGGAGGGGAGACAAGCACAGCACCGAGUGUCGAAGCUGACUCAGACCCGUCUUGAUGACUGGGAUCAGCACCCGAUGCAGUACGACCUUGACAUGGCCUACAUUAGAUUCUUCGUUGGUUGUGGUAUACCGUUUAACGUCGCUAGAUCAGAGUGGUAUGCGGCUUUGCACGAUGUUUACCUCAGUCAGUUCAGGGAUGCGUACCGGCCUCGUCAACCAAGGUUCGAGUUGUUGCGCACGACUCUGUUGUCCAUGCUGUACGCGGAGCUCGACGAGCGCUUGCGAUACCACCGAGAGUCGUGGUCCGAGGGGGUCACUUUCAUGACAGACGAUUGGUCGACUCAGGCCAACCGGCCUCUCUGCAACUACUUGGUUGCAGGGAGGUUGGGGGGGUCCUUAUACCGGGUAGAGGAUAUGUUUGGCCGGGAGAGGACCGGAGCGGGUUUGUACCGCCGAUGGAGGGAGCUUGUUCUUGAGAUCGGUGCACAACAUGUGAUGCGAGGGACGGUGCGGGAGUGCAUUCUUCUGGAGAAUGCGCUUGACUAUAUCGCGACCCAGAUCGACGGUGGCCGAGAGGGCAACGAGAUUGGACGAGUCUGGAGUUCUCUGCAGGACUUCCAUGGCAAGUACCCAACGGCCGCUCAUUGGGGGGGACCCGUCGGGGAUGCAGAGAUCGAGCAGCCUGACUUUGAUCCUGUGAGGUGGUGGAGAUUUAAGGGGGGACGACAUCUGACAUUGCGAGAUGUUGCUAUGCGCUGCUUGGGUGCGUGGACCACUGCCUCUCCUUGUGAGAGGAAUUGGUCGACGCAUGACUUCGUCAACACGAAGAGGCGCAACAGGCUAGGCGUCGGGCAGUUGGAGAAGCUUGUGUUCUGUCACUGGAACCUGAAGCUUCUCCAAAGCAGUCACGCACGAGGCGGGUUCAUCGGGGCAGGCCUCCCAGGGGUUGGAUUGACUGACGUGGAGAGGAGGGCAGAGGACUAUUCCCGUUACGAGCCAGACGAGAUGGAGCCCGGUACAUACGACCCGGAGGAGAUCGAGAGAGAGGCCAAUCGCCUGAGGAGGCAGUCGAGAGGCAGACGCUUGGCGCGGGCCGCAGUAGCAUUGGCCCAGCGGAUUCAGCAGCAGGGCGAGGACACGGUACACGGGGAGGAUGUGAUUGACGACGACGUGUCAUGGUUAUCAGAGCCUUAUCGGGGGGACAGGUUUUUAGAUGGGGAGGCCCCCCCGACUAUGAGCCCCGCAGGUAGGAUGCUUCCGCCACGCGCCCCGCUUCGUGAUAGAGGCGUCCCCUCACGUACGCCCGCAUGCGAGGCAAACUCGGACAGCCUCCGUGGAGACGAGUUUCCCGACGUGUCGGGCGCCGUCGGGAUGGAUGAUGGCGGUUGGGGGGAUGGUCAUCCACCGGAGGCCAAUGAGCUGAGGGAGGCCGCUCGACCCCUGGAGUCCGAUGAGCUGAGGGAGGCCGCUCUUCGACCGUCCAGCGCAGGAUCCAUUGAGGGUGCACCGCCUCCAUCUGCUGCACCAGCCACGGAUGCGGCCAUGCAUCAUGAUACUCUCGCACCGGCCGCUCAGGGUUUGCCGCAUGCCCCCGCCGACGGGGGCACUACAUCUGCGGUUCCCAUCUUUCCUAGCCCGCACCGUGCAGUGGAGCACGAUUGUCAGGGGAGGCUCAUACAACGUCCCGGAUUCAUGGGUCCGCUAGACUUGUGGGCAGCAUCAACUAUUUCCCAAGAUGCUGAGAGGGAUUUGGCGGCGUACCUGCCGAGAACAUUGUCGGAUUUGCCGCGGGUUGACUUGGAUGCGAAGGCUGGUGGCGUGGAGUGUCGGGAACCCUUUGGUGUUGAGGCUGCUGUUGGGGAGGCUGUUGCCACAGAGGGAGGCGCAGAGAGAGAGGAUAUCGCACGUGCCUUGGAGGGCGUCGGUUACUCGGUAGAGGAAAUCGAGCAAACGUUGGUGGGGUACCCAGAGGGACACAGACACAGUACCCAUCAUCCGGGGAUGCACACACGCCAGGGUGUGGAUUGUAGCUACGCACGCGCUUCUCCCUUGCUGCCUCUGCCGCUUCUAGAUCCCUCUCUUGCACUGGACAUCGCAGGCGCGGGAUCGCACUCGUCUCUCGUGACGGAUGCUCAGGGUACUGGUGGACAGUGCAGUGGUCUACGGGACCAUGACUCCCCGGGCACGGGUCUUCGUCGUGCAGUUUCCCCCAUGGACUGUGGCGUGCACUCGACGAUGCCAUUGCCGCCCAGAGAUCCCUCAUUCAUCAUUGAGCCGCUUCGACCAUUCGUUGGUCGUAAGCGGAAGGCAGUGGCUGCCACGGGACAGGAGGGUGGGAGAUCUACAGGUCGUGGCCGAGCCAGAGGCCGACCAUCGGGAGAGGAGAGGGUAGUAGGAGAGGGUGGUAUAUCAGCAGAGGGGCGUUGGAGAGGAGAGGGGCGCGGGAGAGGAGAGGGACGUCCUUGAGGCCGACCGCCCGGACGGGGGAGAGGAGAGGGACGAGGCGCGACUCGAGGGGGCAGGGCAUCAGGGGGGAAGGCCACUGCGGGUGGGAGAGGGUUCCAUGCGCACAUGGCGCCAGUCACAUCAUCUACCGCCGAGGCCGAGGAGGGCAUAGCACAGCGCACCGCCAGGAGGCGUA